UCUUGUUCCAAGAACCACAAAUCAACUGCCAAGCAAAAUGACAAAUCAAAUGCUUCUUUAUUGGGUUUCUGUUGGGUCGUAGAACAAAUGGCUCUUCUUCUCCAAAUCCAAAGAAGCAGAACAAAUCAAAAUCUGAAUCAACGCAGACAUCUUUGAGUUUCGGUUCUGUUUUUCUGUGGGAAAAAUGGCGCUUUCCAACAUAUCUGUGCCAUUCCAGUUUCCGCCAUUACCAUCUUCAUCCUCCUCUUCCUCCAAUUUCAAAACUUUUUUCUCCCCCAGUAAGCUCUUCCCGAUCUGUUGUUCAAAGUCUCCAUCUUUCUCCGCCGCCGACAAGGAAGAUGACGGCGGAACCGCCGCCGCGAAGCCACCGCGGAGACUGUCGGAGCAGUCGUCGUGGGAAGCCAAGGAUUCCGAAGGGAAGGAUUAUCUGUAUAGGCUUGGUGCCGAGGCCGACAACAUUAACAUCACUGUCGGGGCACGUGCCGGCGUUAUCGAUGACCUCUUCGUCGGAGAUUUUCUCGGCAAGGAUUCCGAUAUCGUGUUUGAUUACCGACAGAAGGCGACAAGGUCGUUCGAGUAUCUUCAAGGAGAUUACUACAUAGCGCCAUUGUUCAUGGAUAAAGUUGCAUGCCACCUUGUGAAGAACUACCUUGCUCGUCUUCUGAACAUUAAAAUCCCAUUGGUAUUAGGUAUCUGGGGAGGUAAAGGACAAGGCAAGACGUUUCAGACUGAGCUUAUUUUCAAGACCAUGGGAGUGGAACCUGUAAUAAUGUCAGCAGGAGAGUUGGAGUCGGAAAAAGCCGGAGAGCCGGGAAGACUCAUACGUGAACGCUAUAGGACAGCUUCACAAGUCGUUCAGAAUCAAGGAAAGAUGAGUUGUCUCGUGAUCAAUGACAUUGACGCUGGUCUUGGAAGAUUCGGGAACACGCAAAUGACAGUGAACAAUCAGAUAGUUGUAGGAACACUAAUGAAUCUUUCAGACAAUCCGACGAGAGUGAGCGUUGGACAAGACUGGAGACAAGCCGACAUUACACACAGAGUUCCUGUCAUUGUCACCGGAAACGAUUUCUCCACACUCUAUGCUCCAUUGAUCCGUGAAGGAAGAAUGGAGAAGUUCUACUGGCAGCCAACCCGUGAAGAUAUCGUUAACAUCGUUUCCAGAAUGUACGAGAAAGAUGGAAUCUCUCGGGAACAUAUCGUAAGCAUCGUGGAUCAGUUUCCGAAUCAAGCCCUCGACUUCUAUGGAGCCUUGAGGUCACGUACCUAUGACAGAGCUAUUCUCAAGUGGGUAGAUGACGUUGGAGGAAUUGACAGUCUUGAGAAAACGCUUCUCAGACGUAGAAACACUGAAGAGCUUCCUGAGUUCAUCCCUCCUGAGCAAACAGUGGAGGCAUUGCUGGAAUCAGGGCAUUCUCUCGUAAGGGAACAGCAACUCAUCAUGGAAACUAAACUUUCCAAGGAAUACAUGAAGAACAUGGAUGAUUGAUUACCCUACAACACUUUCUUUUUUGUAUUUUUCAAUUUUUUUUUUACUUCCAAUGGACAAAGAUUUGAUCUUUCCUUCAA